AUGUUCCAUGGCGCGUGGGGCCACCGCGCUGCCCGGCACCCUCACCGAGACCACGGCGCUGCCGGGGAAGCACGGCAUAAAAAGUUCACCGCGUCUGACGCGGGUUUCGUCGAAGCCAACGAGAGUUCCCCUCUGGCAUCAGGGACGUCGCGCCAGCGCCGAAAGCCAGCAGCUCGACUGCCUCCUGGCGGAACUUCGGCGCCCUGGACAGGGUGGUGUUUUCAGGAAAAGAAUAUUCCUGAAGCGCACGCCGAUCACCUUGCCAUCGCUCGGACGACCAUUCCAUGCGCAUGUCGAAGAUUCGCGCGAAUCUUUCCCACGACCAUCCAGGACUCUACUCGGCGGUUCUCGCCGCAAAGAAAAAAACACACGUCCGAGCGAUGCCAAAUCGCGGCCGCGCAGGUCGAGGUGCGGCAGCCCUUCGAGGCGCAGGGCGCCAUCUGGAUCGCCGUGGCCUGGGCGGUCGCGCUGGGCCAAGCCUCGCUGUCGGGCCCGGCCGUGGUCAUGGCGCAGCUCUCGGCGACGUCGGCAAUGCCCGCCGCGAAAUCACGAGAAUCCAACGCGACGUCGGCGCCCACGCCCACGGCCGAUUCACGCGCGCCAAGCGCCCACCUGCGCGAUCGGAGCCGAAGCCUCUGA